AUGCUUGGUGCAUUAAAUGAUGGAGUAAACGUUAAAGGCUACUUCGUUUGGAAUUUAAUGGAUGACUUUGGAUGGGACAGCGGAUACACAACAAAACAUGGUCUGUACGAAGUGGAUAUGAAUGAUCCAGCUAGAACAAGAACACCCCGAAAAUCUGCAUUUGUUUACAAGGAGAUAAUUAGAAGCCGAACUGUUGACUUCGAUUACGAUCCUGAUUUGAACAAUGAAGAUUUUAUAUAUAAAAUUAUAUCUAACGAAUGUUAA